AUGGCUACCGAAUACAAGCUCAAGGGCUUGACCAGCAUCGACCUGAAGAAUGGUCAGAAGCAAGAGGUUGAGGUUGAUGGCAUCGAGGGAGGAAAGAUUCUGCUGGCCAAGGUCAGGGAUGAGGUACAUGCUAUGAGUGCCAACUGCACCCAUUACGGUGCUCCUCUGGUGAAGGGUGUUCUGACCGGCGAAGGCAGAAUCACCUGCCCGUGGCACGGAGCCUGCUUCAAGGUGUCAUCUGGUGACGUCGAGGAUGCCCCAGCUCUUGACCCCCUGGCCAAGUUCGAGGUCUACGAGCGUGACGGUGCUGUCUACAUCAAGGGCGAGGAGAAGACAAUCAAGGCCAACAGACGUCAACUCAACAUCAAGUGCAGCAGUGUGAAGGGCAAUGACCAUGUCGUCGUCAUCGGAAGCGGAAGUGGUGCCCUCGGUGCCAUUGAAGGCCUUCGUGGUGGAGGCUACAAGGGCAAGAUCACCGUCGUCUCUCGCGAGAACUCACAACCCCUCGACCGCACCAAGCUUUCCAAGGCUCUCAUGACCGACCAAUCCAAGCUCGCAUGGCGCUCCAUGGAGUUCUACAAGGAGAGCUCAGUUGAGUUCACCUGGGGCAACGUCACCAAGGUCGACUUCAAGAACCGCUCCGUUGAGACUGAUGAUGGCAAGAAGGUCAACUACACCAAGCUGAUCAUGGCUUCUGGCGGUACCCCCAAGUGGCUUCCCAUGGAUGGCUUGAAGGGUGAUCUCGAGAACGUCUUUGUUCUUCGUGCUCUUCCCCACGCUCAGGGCAUCAUGAAGGCUGCUGGCGAGAACGGCGGCAAGAAGGUUGUCGUUGUUGGCAGCUCUUUCAUCGGUAUGGAGGUUGGCAACUGCCUCGCUGGAAUGAAGCACGACGUCACCAUCAUCGGUAUGGAGGACGAGCCCAUGUCUGCUGUCAUGGGCAAGGAGCUUGGAAAGACCUUCAGAGGUCUGCUCGAGAAGAACGGUGUCAAGUUCAAGCUUGGUGCUGAGGUUGAGGGUGCUAAGCCUUCCGAAUCAAACUCCAAGAUGGUUGGCUCGGUUCAACUCAAGGAUGGUACCAACCUUCCUGCAGACCUUGUCAUCGAAGGUGUUGGUGUGAGACCCUCGACAGACUACCUUCAAGACGUCAAGGAGAUCCAGCUCAACAAGGAUGGCUCGAUCAACGUCAACGCGUCAUUCGAGGUUGAAGGUCUCAAGGACGUCUACGCUAUUGGUGACAUUGCCACAUACCCCUACCACGGACCCGGAGGUAACGGCAAGCCUGUUCGCAUCGAGCAUUGGGACGUCGCUCAGAACGCUGGUCGCUCAGUCGCUGGCAAGAUCAACGACCCCUCAGCACCGCCGAAGUCAUUCAUCCCCGUCUUCUGGUCUGCUCUUGGUGCUCAGUUGAGAUACUGCGGUAACACUCCCAAUGGCUACGACGAUGUCAUCAUUCAAGGCGAGACAGACGCACAGAAGGGUCCCAGCUUUGUCGCAUACUACUACAAGGGCGAGGAAAUCGUCGCUGUCGCUUCGAUGAUGAAGGACCCUUACAUGACGCAGAGCGCCGAGCUGAUGAGACGCAAGAAGAUGCCCAGCAAGAGCGAGAUCCAGAAGGGUGUGGACAUUCUCGAGAUCUCAAUUCCAUCAGAGAUUAAGAUUUGA